UUAAACCUGUCUCCUAUUAGCCCAGGGCCGCCGAUGACUCGCUCUUGCGCUGCCUGAAGGUGAGUGACUCCCCCUCCCUAGAGAGAGAGGGCAAGGCAGGCAGCCAGCAGACACCGCCCGUCAGAGGCCAGCCCCUGACACUCCCUCCUACGUUUUCCAGCCUGUGGUGAGCUCUGAAAGGGUCCCAUUAAGUCAUCAAGUUUUACAGUUCCUUAAAAAAAAAAAGUUAGGGUGAUGGACAGGGAAUGAGUGAUCAAAACUGAGCUAAUGCUUCCUGUUGGAGCAGGGGCUAUAUAUAUAACGUGCCUUUCAUGUUGGGGGGAUGUCAGCAGCAGGCUGCUAGGAGACCGGAGCUUUCACUAACUCCCUGUCUAGCGUCCCAGCUCCCUGAGGUUUCUCACACAGACCACAAUGAACAAGUUCCUGUGCUGCACGCUUGUGUUCUUGGAUAUCUCUGUUAAGUGGACAACUCAAGAAACUGUUCCCCCAAAGUAUCUCCAUUAUGACCCAGUAACAUCUCGCCAACUGAUGUGUGACCAGUGCCGGCCGGGAACCUAUGUAAAACAGCACUGUACAGCUACAAAAAAGACUGAAUGUGCACCAUGUCCAGAUCAGUACUAUGCAGAGGACUGGAACAACAACGAUGAAUGCCAAUACUGCAACACAGUGUGCAAAGAGCUGCAGUAUGUGAAGCAAGAAUGCAACACUACACAGAACCGCAUCUGUGAAUGUACUGAAGGGAGAUACCUUGAGCUAGAAUUUUGUUUAAGGCAUACAGAAUGUCCUCCUGGAUUUGGUGUAGUACAACCAGGCACCCCUGAGAGUGACACCAUUUGCCAGAGAUGUCCAGAAGGAUUUUUCUCAAAUGAAACUUCAUCCAAAGCAGCCUGUGAAAAACACACAAACUGCAGUGCACUGGGUCGUAAAAUAGCACUGAAUGGCAAUGCGGUUCGUGACAAUAUGUGUCACGAAAACACAGAUGCAUCAGCUCAAAAAUGCGGAAUAGAUGUAACCCUAUGCGAGGAAGCACUUUUCAGGUUUGCUGUUCCUGAAAAACUCACUCCUAACUGGCUGAAUGUACUAACGGACGGUUUGCCUGGGACAAAGAUUAAUGCAGAAAAUAUAGAAAGGAUUAAACAAAAACAUAGUUCUCAAGAACAGAUGUUCCAACUGUUGAAAUUAUGGAAGCAGCAAAACAAAGAACAGGAUAUGGUCAAGAAGAUCAUUCAAGAUAUUGAUCUCUGUGAAAACAGCAUUUUAAAACAUAUUGGCCAGGCUAAUCUAACCUUUGAACAUCUCAACAUUCUGAUGGUGAGUUUACCAGGAAAGAAAGUAAGAAAAGAAGAUAUUCAGCACACUAUGAAGCUGUGCAAACCUACGGAACAAAUUCUAAAGCUUCUUAACCUAUGGAGAAUAAAAAACGCUGAUCAAGACACAAUUAAGGCCCUAACGCAUGGGCUGAAGCAUUUGAAAGCAUACCACUUUCCCAAAAAACCUAUCCAAAGUCUGAAGAAGGUGGUCAAGUUGCUUCACAGUUUUAAAAUGUACCAAUUAUACCAAAAACUCUUUUUUGAAAUGAUAGGGAACCAAGUCCAAUCAGUAAAAAAACGAUGUGUCUAAUUCAAGAUAUUUUUCCAUACAUUCUCCACUAUUUCCCCCUAAUUACUGUUAGCAGUAAUUAACGUAGAACAUUGUUCCCCUACAUUGUACGUGACUAUUUAUAGGAAUUAUGACUGGAAUGGCUCUAAGCUCUCAGAGCUUAGAGGGUUUUUUUAUUAUUAUAAAGUCACUUCUGUAAAAGCUAUAAUCAUUUGAUGACAUUUAGGUCCUGAUCUGCAGCCUUUGGCAUCCAAAAUUGAAAAGUACCACUGAAGUCAUUGUGUGAGCAAAGAAUGUUAGACCAGGCCUAAUACAGUAUUUACUAUUUAUAUGCAUUGAUAUAAAGGUUUUCGUUGUACAUAUUUAUUAACUUAAAUGGAAAUUAUAUGAGACUUAAAUUUAGAAAGAGAAAUGAAAUACAAACUAUAUUUUCAAGAUAGACUAAAAUUAUCAAGUAUAUUUUUAAGCAGAAAUUAUGUAGCAUUUCCUAAGAGAUCCUACUUCUUUACUUUGUGGAUUUUUUAAAAAUUGUUACUUAGUUUUAUGUGUAUAAGUUGUGGUAUCUUUUGGUAGGAGUUGUUUAAUUUAUCCAAAGUUUUUAACUCAAAUAGUAUAAGAAAUAUACCAUAAAUGACCUGAAUAUUUAAAUAUUCUGUGAGAAAGUGAAUGUACCAUAUUUAAAAACUGGAUGUUCAGAUACGAUUCUAGGAUCUUAUUUUAUAAAACAAUUAAUUUUUUCAGUUUA